UAGAGCUUAGAGCUCCACAGUCUUCUAUUCCCGUUUAGAAAUGUCUGAUUAGGUUAAGAUGCACUCUAAAGAGAUCUUGCCGCUCUUCUGAAUGCAACCCGUGCUUUCCCAAACUGGGAGCCCAGUGCAUUGCCAGCUCCAAGAAGAUGCUUUUCUAGGACAGUCUGGAAAAGCAAGAUACAAACAUUUUCUUCCAAGAGAUCAAUUACCCUCCCUGGUCAAGGUAGUGUCCGGCUCCCACACUGAGUCAUCUCGGAAAUCAGCUGCAGAAGAGCAGUGGGAUGAAGAAAUAGAGAUAGUAGUGGAAAAUGGGGAAGUCCCAGCUGUCACUUCUGGUGCUGCUGCUGGUUUUGCGGACAAUCCUGGAAGGCAAGCAGCGCCCUUCCCGGCUCUGCGAGUGCUACCAAGAGGGUGACUUCCGAGUUACCUGCAAGGACAUCCACUUCAUUCCCAGCCUCCCUCAGAAUACUCAAACACUGAAAUUCACAGAGACUCAUCUGAAAACCAUCCCUAGUGAUGCAUUUGCAAAUCUGCCCAACAUUUCCAGGAUCUACUUAUCCAUAGAUGUAACUCUACAAAGACUGGAGGCCCAUUCAUUCUACAAUUUGAGUAAGAUGACUCAUAUAGAAAUUCGAAAUACUAAGAGCUUAACUUACAUAGAUCCUGAUGCCCUAAAAGACCUGCCUCUCUUAAAAUUCCUUGGGAUUUUCAAUACUGGACUUAAAAUAUUUCCUGACCUGACCAAAAUUGAUUCAGCUGAUGUGUUCUUUAUACUUGAAAUUACAGAUAACCCUUUUAUAACUUCAAUUCCUGUGAAUGCUUUCCAAGGGCUGUGCAAUGAGACCUUAACCUUGAAACUCUAUAAUAAUGGCUUUACCUGGGUCCAAGGACAUGCCUUCAAUGGGACAAAGUUGGAUGCUGUUUACUUAAAUAAGAACAAAUAUCUGUCUAUGAUUGAUGAAGAUGCUUUUUUGGGAGUAUAUAAUGGACCUACCCUGCUGGACAUUUCUUACACUAGUGUUACUGCCCUACCACCUAAGGGUCUGGAGCAUCUGAAAGAACUGGUAGCAAGAAAUACUUGGACUCUUAAGAAGCUUCCCUUUUCUCUGAGUUUCCUUCACCUGAUACGGGCUGACCUUUCCUAUCCAAGUCACUGCUGUGCUUUCAAGAACAGAAAGAAAAACAAAGGAAUCCUCGAGUCGCUAAUGUGCAACCAGAGCAGCAUUCAGAGCUUGCGCCAGAAGAAAUCUGUCAGGGCUUUGAAUGGUCCCUUCUACCAGGACUCUUCAGAGGAACAGAACCACACAAAUGCAGUGUAUGAGGAAGACUCCACAAGACAGAAUUUCCAGAGCAAUUCCCAAUACUAUGUCUUUGAAGAACAGGAGGAUGAGAAUAUUGGAUUUGGCCAAGAACUUAAAAACCCUCAAGAAUUUAUUAUACAGGCAUUUGAUAGUCAUUAUGACUAUACAGUGUGUGGAGGAAAUGAAGACGUGGCAUGCUCCCCAGAGCCAGAUGAAUUCAAUCCCUGUGAAGAUAUAAUGGGAUAUAAGUUUCUUAGAAUUAUAGUGUGGUUUGUCAACCUGCUGGCUCUCCUUGGCAACUUCUUUGUCUUGUUUAUUAUCCUUACCAGCCAUUACAAACUCACUGUCCCACGCUUUCUCAUGUGCAACUUGGCCUUUGCUGACUUCUGUAUGGGGAUCUACCUGCUCCUUAUUGCUUCUGUUGAUCUCUACACCCGCUCUGAGUAUUACAACUAUGCCAUUGACUGGCAGACUGGUUCUGGCUGCAACACAGCUGGAUUUUUCACCGUUUUUGCCAGUGAGCUGUCUGUGUACACACUGACAGUCAUCACACUAGAGCGCUGGUAUGCCAUCACUUUUGCCAUGCGUCUGGACAGGAAGAUCCGCCUACGGCACGCAUAUAUAAUCAUGUUAGGUGGGUGGGUUUGCUGUUUCCUCCUAGCCCUGCUUCCACUGGUGGGGGUCAGCAGUUAUGUCAAAGUCAGUAUCUGCCUCCCCAUGGACACAGAGACUCCCCUUGCUCUUACCUACAUCAUUGUGGUGCUGCUGCUGAACAUCAUUGCUUUUAUCAUCAUCUGUGCUUGCUAUGUAAAAAUUUACAUCACUGUCCGAAAUCCCCAGUACAGCCCAGGUGACAAAGACACCAAAAUUGCCAAGAGGAUGGCUGUGCUGAUCUUCACUGAUUUCAUGUGCAUGGCCCCAAUUUCCUUCUAUGCUUUGUCAGCUGUUAUGAACAAGCCCCUCAUCACUAUUAGCAAUUCAAAAAUCUUGCUGGUCCUUUUCUACCCGCUUAACUCAUGUGCCAAUCCAUUCCUCUAUGCCAUCUUCACCAAGGCUUUCCGGCGAGAUGUUUUCAUUCUACUGAGUAAAUUUGGUAUCUGUAAGCACCAGGCUCAAGUUUACCGAGGGCAGACAAUCUCCAAGAAUAGCAUUGGUAUUAAUGGCCAGAAAGGUUGUCGGGGGGCAGGGAAGGCUCUUGCCAAUGUGCAAGAUGACUAUGAACUAUCUGAAAAUGUUCAUCAGGCCAAAGACAAGCAGAACCAACUCAAGGUAGACUGCAAACUGACAGUUCUAUAAACUCAUCCUCAUACUCUACAACAUCUCAUAAUGGUAAUCUGACUGACAGAAUCCUGAUUUCCUAAUUGAAGCAUUCUAAUUCUGGGCCACACUUUUCCCCUCUCCCUUCUGUUCCUGCAUUUCUUACAAUGAAUAAAUAAAUAUAUAUUUUGCACAUGAAUGACUUUAACCUAAUCUCUCCCCAUAAGAUAUCACCUUAGGAGAACAAGGAAGUAUUACUAAGAUUACAUCUCAAACUUAGGUGAUAGCAAAAUGAUCCAUCCUCUGGGAGAUUUCCCAACUAAUUUGUUCCAGAAACAAG